CUUCCGGGGUCAGAGUUCGCAUAUACUACAACACACGUGUGUUUUGUUUUGUUGUCUGUUGGCACUUUUGCGUCUGUUAAAUAAUUUAGUAGAAAGAUGGCAAAGACUGAGAAGAAGCCCUUGAAAGAUUCUGGGAAACCAGUUGGCAAGAAUAAACAUCUGCCGGGUGAAAUGAAGUCAAAACGUCGUGGUAAAGUGAAAAAAACGAAACAAGUGGAUCACUUCGAACACAUCCCCUUUAAGCUCCAGGAGAUCAUGAAGAGCAAAGACAGGAUGAAUAAAGCUUUGGUGGCGGGUAAAAAGUUUAAAGGCUCAAUAUUUCCUGUUAAUAAACCGGAGCCCUCUAAAUACGAAGAUAUUCCUGUUCCACAUUUCAAAAGGAAGAAAAGGGAGACAGAGAAACGGUUCUUGCAGCGUGUGGAGAACGCAACGCGACACGUCCUUUUCCUCACCAAAAACCAAGUGGAGAGAAAACCUGAACUGGCUGAAGAUAAACAAGAGCAACCAGCCAACAAGGGAAAGUCAGAAAAAAAGAAGCAAUACGAUAAAGCAAGAAUGCAGAAGCUCCAACAGAAGAAGUUGGAAAGACAUGAAGAUGAUAUGGAGAAAGACCUGUUCCAUGAUGAGGUUGCUUUUGGUGAGGUCACAAUGGAACCCCCUCAAUUGACCAGCAAACCCAAGAAAGCUCUGAUCACAUCUCAGAAGUCGUCCAAGGAUCUGCUGCUCAACUCCCUCCUCGGCCACUCGGUCUCAUCUGAAGCCAAACCCUCGAUGGCCCGCCAGAGAAUCGUGGAGGAGGAGAGGCAAAGAGCGGUGGAGGCUUACCGGCUUUUGAAAAAACAGAAAUUACAGCAACAAGAGACUCAGAAGCCUGUUCAGAAAAAACGAGAGGCCCAGGAGUGAGGACGUCGCCGUGAGCCUCUUUUGAUCACAGACACUGUCAGACAAUUUUAAACAUGAGAGCACACCUCCCUGCUGCAGGUAUGUCUUUGGAAAUAUCUCUCACCUUAACUCUUCAGCCCCGAACUGCUGACAUUUUGUGUGCUCAGCAGCAGUUAUUCAAUUUGUCCACCAGAUGUCAGUCUUGUAAGAAAAAUGCUGCUUACGCGCAGGAGAUGUGUUUUAAGUCCUAGAUAUAUCCUUCUUUGCAAAUAAAACAGAAAACAGUUCAGUGAGUUUUGGAGUGAAGCGAGCAUGUUCUCGUGUCCGACUCCUGCUGUCAUACCUCGUAUUCACCGGAGUCGUCUUUCUCAAUGUUGCCCGGGAUGUUGGCUCUGAAUCAAACUCAUAUUUAUUUGUUUUGUGUCUUGUUGAAGCGUUUCGCCGAUUCUUCAAACCUUGCAUUCUCUAAUGGUCCUCAUAGAACGCAUUUCAGAUCAUACCUGGACUCCCACUGCUGCUCCAGUCAGAGGAGGCUGAGAGAGUAUCAGCCACAUGCUGCUCUUCAGCCCCUUUAUUUCCUCUACUGUCACACACAAGCAUCUCGAAAUAGAAAAUACCGAGGUUGAUUUAUUAACCAUGAAUACGGUUAGACAAUUUUUCCAUCAACUCAAGUGAGUGUGUGUUUGCCCACUGGUGGUUGUCAGAGUGACAUGGAAAUGUGGGUGGUGAAGUCAGCUGCUGAUGACUGGUACCGGUGUCUCCCCUGAGUACAACUUAAGCAGCUCUCAAGUGUCCAUGUGCAUCGGACAGCUUUUCUUUCUCCCCUGCGGCUCUCGCUGUCAGCAAGUCUCACGUACCCAUGCAGGUACCUGAGGUCCUUUAAAUAUUGUGAGGGGAAAAAAGAACUGGCGGUUGGGUGUACGAAUUUGGCUACAUUUUCCUGUGUGUGUGUUUUCCUGGAGUGUUGUAUUGGAAUACUGCGGUGACUAUCUGCAUCUUUUUGCAUUUGUUUUUGGAAAGUGUGAACUGAACUGAUGGACAACCAAGUCUGUCAGGUCCAUUCGUGAUCUAAGAGAGAGGAAUCAACAGUGAUAUACUGUAUUCCUGAUGUACACAACCAUCAGGCUUUGUUUUUACAUUUACAUGUAGUUUUACUAUGCCUUUCCUGUACUGCCCUGUUUUUUUUUUUAAGAUACAUGUUGACACCCUAGGCUUUGCUGGAAAAUGAUCAGCUAUGCCUGGAACUAGGGGGAGUCUCCAAAAAUGAUGAUGUUUGCAGAUGAUAUAGUGAUUCCUCCUGACAAUGCAGAAGAGAAAAGGAAGUCAGUAGUGAACGUCUGAGUGAAGAUAAAGGGGGCACUGAAAACUGCUCAGUUAGAUGGACUCAGACAUCCAGACCAACCAAGAGAGGUGAAGAGGAGAGUGCAGGCAGGGUGGAAGUGGCUCAGAUGUGAUGACUGAUGGGGUUUUCAUCAAAACGAGCGUUAAUCUCAUCAAGAAAAGACUUGUAAAUAAACUUUUCUCUUGCGCUUUAUUCACGUAAAGUAAAGUAGCAGUCAAACAUACUUCAUGUCACAGUGUACUUUGUGAUCUGAUGUUGCAGAUUGUCACGCAAUAUUUUUACAUUCCUGGUUCAUCACAGUUGAUAAAUAGAAGUUUGAAUAAGAGUAUUUAUUAUUGUCUGAUGCUACAGCUUGAUAUGUGUUACUUAUAUCAAAAGGAAGGUGUGUAUUUAUCUUCAACAGUUGGAAUGUCAUGCCACCAGUUCCGUAAUACAAGAGCAUUGAGUAGAAAUACAAUCCUAGAUUUCAUGAUGACCAAUUCACUUUGGUCCAGCUUCUCCAGCAGGACAGACACUGGAGGUGGAGAGAGGAGACGAUGGGUUGUGCAGGAUGAUAUUAUCUUGGCGUGUCAUUUCAACAGAAAGCUGCUUCAGUUGUCGUCUGUGUUAAAGGGGUCGGCCGAGCUGCUGCUUCCUGAGGGCAUGGAUGGAAGUGUCGCACGAGGGAUGAUGGUCUCUUGGUCCUUCUGCGUGUCAAUAUAGAGACAUAAGUCUCAGAGGUUUGUUCAGGUGGGGAGUGAAGAAGGCCAGCACUCACCUUGGUCAUGCCUUUUGCAAUCAGGGCCAGUUCAGUCGGCUGAUAGACGCAGCUUCUCAGCUGACCGUUGUAGGAGCCGUAUGGAGACACUGGCUUGGCUGGAACUAUUGGAAGAGUGCUUCAUGUUAGACUUGUUUUUGCCCGACUGCUGUCAAAAUUGUACAAUUCAAAAGUCUAAUUAUCAGUUUAAGUCUGGUCUGACGAGAGAAUGUUUGGGACGAAAGAUGAAAAUAUGUCCAGAAACACCAACAUUUUUUCAUCUCCUCUUCUGAUUCAUAAAUUGUCCGUAGUCAAACUACACUGCAGUCAUUUAAAUGGGAUGUGUAGCCUAAAAUAGAGGCUGUAAAUCCCUGUCUUUGGACCUCACUACACAGGUUCAUCAUAUUGUAUUGUAUUUCGGCUUUUAUUCUUAAAUUAAAUGUGUACGCCAG